CAUUGAUAUGACUGUACAAUAUUAUCAUUAAUUGCAACGGAGGCACGUUUCCAUCAAAAUUAGGAAUUUGCAAUGGAUUUAGAAGUCCAUAAAGUACACGAUGAAGAAAAAACUUUGAAAGGGGAUGAAGUUGUUAUUAGUGGGAUGUCAGGAGCGUUUCCUAAUUCGGAUAGUGUCGCAGAUUUCAUGCAUAAUUUAUAUAGUAAGGUUGACAUGAUCUCAGAUAACCCACGCUGGGCUCUGAAGAGCGCAGAUAUACCAAAGCAUUUGGGAAAAAUUAAUGGUGUGGAGAAAUUCGAUGCUCAGUUCUUUAAGAUUGGGUACCAAUUGGCCUGCGUAUUAGAACCACUAUCCAAAAAACUUCUAGAGCAUACUUAUGGAGCAAUUUUUGACUCGGGAACAAAUCUGACAUCAAUUAAAGGAAAGAAAAUCGGAGUGUUUAUUGGCACAUCUUUCGCUGAUGUCGGACCAGUUCUCAUGUUUGAGAUUUCAAAUCGAAGCGCUUUCGUAGUAAAUGGGGCCAGCAAAGCGAUGUUUGCGAACCGAAUAUCGUAUUGGAUGGAUGCCAAAGGACCGUCGUUCGGACUGGACUGCUCUUGUGCCAGCUCCGCGGUGUGCCUGGAACAGGCCUACAGGAGCAUGAAGUUAGAUGAAUGUGAAGCGGCUGUGGUCGGCGGAUGCAGCUUCUGUCUGGAUCCCAUACUUUCUGGGAACAUGAGGAGUGCCGGUCUACUAUGCUUAGAUGGAAAGACAAAAUGUUUUGACAAGCACGGCGAUGGGUAUGUGAGAGCCGAAGCUAUGAGUGUUAUUUUUCUUCAAAAAGCAAAGGAUGCGAAAAGAAUAUAUGCAGAAGUAUACCAUGCAAAGAGCUCGUAUAACUUGAGGCCGGAUGCUGAAUUUCUCCCGCUGCGAACGCCGGAAAACAUACAACGAUUUCUCGAAGGAUUUUAUUCUGAAAUUGACAUCAAGCCUACACAAGUGGAAUACGUUGAAGCUCAUGGUGCAGGUAUCGCACAAGCCGACGCUAAUGAGAUCACAGCAAUUAACAAAGUAUUUGUCGACGAUAAACCGGUUAAGAUCGGCAGCGUCAAGUCUAACAUGGGACACGCAGAUGCUGCUUCGGGUAUCUGCGGUAUCACUAAGCUAUGCCUCGCGUACCAUCAAGGAAAACUUGCCCCAAAUUUACAUUACAAUGAACCUCAAGACCUGCCGGCUAUUAGAGAUGGAAGAGUUCAAGUAGUAACGGAGCCCACACCUUUCAGUCGAGGUUACACGGCACUUAACAACUUUUCUUACAACGGAGUUGAUUGUCAUCUUCUAUUAAAAGGACAUUUUAAAGAAAAGAUUCAACACAAAUACAGAUCCAAUAUUCCUUACCUGGUUCUCAUAUCGGGAAGGCAAGAUGAAAGCGUUCAGAAAGUUAUAGAUCUUCUCAAAAAGCAUCCUUUGGAUCCGGAACAAAUAGCAUUACUACACGGUGCUUACGAAAAUGAUAUCUUCGGACAUGCUAGUCGAGGCUACGCAAUAUUAGAAUCAAAUGCUCAGAACGAGGUUGUUCCACUGAAAGAAAGUGUUGAAUAUUAUGCCGGAAACAAAAGGCCUGUUUGGUUUGUGUUCAGCGGUAUGGGUUCUCAAUGGACGGGAAUGGGUGCCGAUUUCAUGAAAAUAAACACUUUUGCUGCAGCCAUUGAAAAAUGUCAAAAAGCUUUAGAGCCAAAGGGCAUAGAUGUUAUCAAAAUUAUAACUGAAGAAGAUAAAAGUUUGUUAGAAAAUACACUGAAUUCGUUCGUUGGUAUAGGAGCCGUUCAAGCCGGCCUCAUUGAUGUCAUUAAAGAACUGGGCAUUGUCCCGGAUCACAUAGUUGGUCACAGCUUGGGAGAAAUGGCCUGCUCAUACUAUGACGGAUCUCUUACGAUUGAAGAAUUUAUGUUGACAACGUACACUCGAGGCUUAGUGUGUACCCAAUCGCCGCUCAUCGAUGGAUCUAUGGCCGCCGUUGGACUUGGAUAUCAAAGCAUUGCCAGACAAUGUCCACCAGAAAUAGAUAUUGCCUGUCACAACAGUUUCGAAUCUACUACAAUAUCAGGACCGGCGGAAGUUACAAAAUUAUUCGUUGAUGAUCUAAAAAAACGUGGUAUUUUUGCAAAAGAAGUCCCAUGUGGAAACGUUGCCUUCCAUUCCAGAUAUAUUGCCUUGGCAGGACAAGCACUUUUAGAUGCCUUGAAGAAAAUUAUUAAAGAACCUAAGCCUCGUAACGAGAAAUGGUUGUCCACGUCCGUGCCACAACACAAAUGGCACGAAUUAUCGGCAAAGUAUUCUUCUCCUGAAUACCAUACCAAUAACAUGCUAAGUCCAGUUCUUUUCGAAGAAGUCACAAGGUUAAUACCAGACAAUGCUAUUGUAAUAGAAAUAGCGCCUCACGGACUUCUCCAAGCCAUUCUUAAGAGAUCUUUGCAGAACUGUUUGCAUAUUCCACUGACAAAACGCGGAACGAAUGACAGUGUUCAAUUUUUGUUGGAUGCGUUUGGCAAGAUGUUUGAAGCAGGUUUAAAUCCGAAAAUUGAGAAGUUGUAUCCUAAGAUAGAGUUUCCAGUUUCGACUCAAACUCCUCUUUUGUCCAAUUUAAUUGAAUGGGAACACAGUGAGGAUUGGCUCCAUUUGUUUUCCGGUUCCGGAGUAAAAUGCACGGCAAUCGCUCGAGAUGUUGUCAUUUCUUUUUACAACGAUGAUUACAACUUUUUGAAAGGACAUUUGAGGAAUGGACUAAACAUAUUACCUGAAGCUGAAAUAUUAGUUCUGGUUUGGGAAACAAUGGCCAUGUACAAGAAUAUGGAUUACAGAUACCUUUCUGUGAUGUUUAAAGACGUACAUUUUCAUAGGGAAGUCGAGAUUAAGCGUGAUAUCCCGUUAAGAUUAUCUAUAAGUAUAACGAAAGGAAACAAUAGAUUUGAGGUCAUUCACGAAGACGCGAUAGUGGUAUGUGGAAUUUUUGAUGAGAGCGUCAUUAUGAAAUCCGACCAUGGUAUAGAUGAAACCAAAUUUAACAAAGACGAAAUUUUACUUAAUACUGAAGAUAUUUACCAGAUUCUAGAGCUACGAGGACACUGCUAUACAGGUGAACACAAAUCUAUAGCAUCAACGAACUUAGAACGGAAUAAGGCGAUAGUGCGGUGGAACAAUAAUUGGGCCUUAUAUCUGGAUUCACUCAUACAACUGAACAUAUUGGCUAAUGAACACGAGGGCUUGUCAGUACCGAAAUUUAUUGGAAAAAUAGCAAUCAGUGUGUCUGAACAUGAAAAAGCGAUGCAAAAAGUCAAUAAUUUAACUGAUGGUCAUGUAGCCAACAUUAUCGAUACAUUUGAUGUGACAAGGUGUGCAGGAGUUGAGAUAGACCGUUUAAUUUUCACCGAGAAAGCAGUCAUUAACAAAGAGGCAGACGGCCUACAAAUAUUAUCAUUCUGUCCACAAUAUCCAACCGAGGAAAUUAGUUUACAGCGAGCUAUCAAUGUGGUUUUAAAGAUAGUAGCAGAAAAUUCGUCUUCAAAAAAAAUUAAAAUAAUUAAAUCAGCCUCCUUAAGUAUCGAUGCAUCUGAUACUAUUGAGAAAAUAAUUCAGACUGAACCGAUGGAGGUAGAAGUUGUUACAGCAAACAUCGACAAUUUUCACAAAAAGAGUAAUGGCAUUAAUGAUGAACUAGCUGAAGUCAACUUAGUGAUUAUUGAUAAUAUUUUGAAUGAUAAACAGAAGUUAGCAAAAAUACACGAAACAAUCUCAAAGGAUACAUUCAUAUUGACAUUCGAAGCGAAUGUACAAAAAAAUAAUCUAAUUAAGAAUUAUUUUAACAUAAUAACGUGCAUGUCAAGUGAAAAUGGAAUAUGUAUACUUCUGAAGAGAAUUCCUCUAGAACGAGUUCAGCGUACAUGUAUACCAAUUAACUAUAAAACAUAUAAAGAACAUUUGCUGUACGUGUAUGAAGAAUUGAAAAGGACAAGCGUAGUCUUGGUAUCAGAGGGACAAAGCCUUUGCGGUAUUUCAGGACUGGUAAAAAAAUUAAGAAGAGAUGGGCAUAAAAAUAUAUCUGCCAUGAUUAUAGAGGAUACUGAUGCACCAAAGUUUAACCCUGACCAUCCAUUUUACAAAAGUCAGUUGGAUUUGGAUUUAGCUGCCAAUGUUUUAAGAAAGCGGCAAUGGGGAGGCUACUACUACAUACCAAGUCAGAUGUCAGCAAGCGUUCGUAACAUGACCCUAAUGAGCAAACAGCCUGGCAGCAUUGAUGGGUUGACGUGGGUUGAAGCUCCAGCUACAACAGAUGGUGCUGAACAUGUUCAGGUUUGGUACGCAGGGCUGUCACUAAAAGAUUGCCAGAAGGCUAUUAGUUGUGAGAAUAACAACAGAUCGUAUUUCGGAAUGGACUUCAGUGGCUAUAAUUCAAAAGGGGAGAAAAUAAUGGGUUUGGUACGCGAAGGGUCGUUGUCUAGUUCAGUGGAAGCUGAUCCAGAUCUAACGUGGUCAGUACCUGAACACUGGACGCUUGAAGAGGCAGCCACCGUUCCCCUAGCGUACCUUCAUGCCUUCUAUUGCUUGGAACUAAGGUGCGAUAUUUCUAGUGGAAAAACAGUAUUCAUCACAGGAGGGGCUGGGGCUCUAGGACAAGCAGUCAUCUCCAUAUGCCUGGCUAUGAACUGUCCUAUUUAUACAACCGUGAGAGAUAUUCAUAAGAAAAACUUUUUAUUAAAGCUGUUCCCUGAACUUCCAGAAAGUCACAUUGGAAUUUCCCACCUUGAAGCUUUAUAUAGCAUGCUCAUAUUUAAUUCUGAGAAUAAACUUUGCGAUAUAAUUAUAAAUUCAGACAGUGGUCAUCUACGAGAGUGCUUGUUGAAAUGUGUCAAGGCGAGUGGCACAUUUUUGGACAUAAGCAAAUCAGACAUGAACGAAAACAAAGAUUUCUGCAUGGGGUUUAUUCGAGGCAACAGAUCGUAUAAGGCUGCUGAUUUAUCUAACAUUUUUAAGCCCGAAUUCAUUGAAGACAAAAAGAUUUUACGAAACAUGAUAGCUCAAGGUAUUGCAAAAGGUAUUGUUAAGCCCUUAACUAGAGUUGUAUAUCCAACUAUAGCAAUUACGAAAGCCUUUAAACUUUUAUCAUCGAGUAAACACAAAGGAAAGGUUUUAGUUCAAAUGAAGGACCCCAGCUUCAAAAUUGAACACAACAUCCCUCCAAGAAUGAAAUAUUUACCAAAUGCAGUUUAUAUAGUCGUCUGUGAUGAUAGCUAUUUGGGUAUUGAGUUUACUGAUGAUAUUAUCAAAAAGGGAGCCAGAAAAGUCACGGUCAAUAUGAAUAAUGAAAUAUCUGGAUAUGUUUAUUCAAAAUUAAUGUCUUGGAAGAAGCAUGCUGCAGCAGUCAACAUUACUUCAUAUUGCUUAAAUACCAAAGAAGGAUGUACUCAACUGCUUAAGGAUAGUGCCAAAAUCGGACAAGUAAAAGGAGUAUACAUAGUUAGUGAUUCAGAAAGAAGGGAAAAAGAAAACAAUAUUGAAUUACUCGUGUCUAAUAUGGACGUUGUUUCCAGAAGUAUUUGUAAUGGACUAAGUAAUUUCGUGUUGAUCUCGAAGUAUUCCCAAAGUGACACUUACGAAUAUCAAAUGGGAACCGUUGAGAAAAUAUUUGAAGCGCGAAAUGAAAUGGCCCUAACAAGUCUAGUUGUACGCUACGACGGACUGGACACAUUCACAGAUGUUUCCCAAAACACGACUGAGAUACACAGGUCGACAUUAUUUGAUGCAGUGGAAAAGAGCAUCAGAUUAAACCAUCAAAACGUAUACGUCUACAAAUUGAGAAACAAAAAACCUUCGGACUACCAUCAGAUGAUCUCUAAAAUACUUGGCAUAAAAACUUUGGAUGGUGCUGAUGAUACACACUUGAUAAGUGACUUCAAAUUGAAUGAAAUCAGUCUGACGGAGAUGAAAAAUUUAAUAAUGAAUUAUUUUAAAGUUGACUUUCCUGUUGAACAAAUACUGUCAAUGAGUCUUGAAAGUUUAAAAGAUCUUGGUAAAAACAAAAAAAAACCGGACAUCAAUUUCAAUAGUGGAUUAGGAGCUUUCAUUGCAUGUGUCGACGAUGAAGAGACACAUGUUACUAUGCCACAUAAUAUUGUUUCUAUGAAGACAUUGCUUAAUAAGAGUAUUGAGAGUGAUAUCGACCCCGAAAAUACCUUCAUAACCUUGAUCCCAGGGUUCGAAGGUCGUCACCAAAUAUUCGAAACUCUAGCUGAAACAUUAAAAGUUAAAGCAGUUGCCGUGCAUUUGAGUUCAGUCAUAACUAUGGAUAGUAUACCACAAAUGGCUGUAGAAAUUCGUAAGCUGAUGAAAAUGAAAUUCAAAGUGAAACCAAAGUUCCACCUACUUGGGUAUUCGUUUGGAGUUAAUAUUACUUUGGAAUUAGCUGCAAUUUUGGAAAAAGAAGGCCACAUCGGAACUGUUUACUGUUUAGAUAGCAGCCCGGAUGCAUUACGAGAUCAAUUAGAAGCCUACCUGGGCAAUCCAGACGAAAAGGAACUCCAAAACUACAUAAUAAACUACAUAUACCAACUACUUACUAACCAGAAUAGCCAAUUAGAAAAUACCCUAUCAACACUAGAUACUUGGGAAGAAAAACUCCAUAUCAGCACAAAAGAAAUCAAAAAAUAUUCGAGCUUUUCUUACGAAUACAUAAGGGCUAUUGUUGAUGGUGCGUACAAAAGAAUUGAACUUGCUAAAAAUUACAAGCCUGAUAUAAUUUUGGAAUCCGAAUUGGUUCUCAUUAAAGGAGUACCUCAUCCAUCUUCAAGAUUAUUACCCGAUGAUUACAAUUUGUCGAAGUACAGCAGUAAGCCUGUGAAAGUAUACCAAAUCGAUACUGACCAUUCGCUGGCCACUUAUGAUUGUAGAGUUUCUAAUAUUAUCAAUUCUCUUCUUGAAAAUACUCUACUAGAAGAUUACAAGAAAAAUGAUCUUUGCGAUGUAUACAUGACUUGAAUCUAAACUCUAGCCAGGAAGAUUUAGGAAUUAAGAUAUGGCCACAUUUAUAAAAUAAAAAAAAUUCUAUUAAAAGUAAUUAUUAUCAA